UUCUCUUAAAAACUUAAAAUUAUUAAUAAUAAAGAGAAUUUGUUAAUUUUUUCUGUACAAUCUCAAAGACUAUAAACAUCAUUAUCUUUAUUAUAAAGAAUAAAUGACAAACUCAUUUUAGUCUUCAAAAAUAUCUCAAAAUCACAAAAUCAUAUCUUUUGUUUGCAACCUCAUCCACAAUAACAAAAGUGUGGCCAAUCACAAAAGAUAGAAAUAUAUCUCUUGACCUAUCAAACCCCAUCAUAAUAUGAACAUCAAACAAUCCCUUAACUCCAUUCCUCCCUUUACAUCUCCUUUAUUUCAACAACCUCUACCUUAAUCCCCCAAAAUGGCAUCUUCAUCAUCAUCUCCAUCUUCAUUAACAUUUUCCCUAUCAAACCCACUAAAAACAUCCCUUCCACCCAACCUAACCCCAUCCCACUUCUCACCCUUUCCAUCUUUCACCCAUCUUCCAACCCUCCAAUCCUCCAAAAAACCCCACAUUUCUCCUAUAAAAUCAAGCACAACCACCCCAAACCCGACCUCCUCGAACACGAAAAAAACCGACAAACGUGUAAAACGAGUCCAUAGCAUCGAUGAAUUCGACAACGCCCUAAAAGCGGCACAAAAUAAGCUUGUUGUAGUAGAGUUUGCUACAAGUGACAAUGAUAAUAGUCGUCAAAUUUACCCUUUUAUGGUCGAGUUAAGUCGAUCAUGUAAUGAUGUCGAAUUUAUAUUAGUCCUAGGGGACGAAUCCGAAGCAACAAAAGAAUUAUGCAAAAGGGAAAAUAUUGAUCAAGUCCCACAUUUUUCAUUUUAUAAGUCCAUGGAAAAGAUCCAUGAAGAAGAGGCUAUAGGACCAGAUAUGCUAGAAGGGGAUGUACUAUACUACGGUGAUAGUCACUCUGCUGUGGUGCAGCUUCAUUCAAGGGAAGAUGUGGAGCGACUGAUCAAUGAUCAUCGUGAUGAUGGGAAACUAAUUGUCCUUGAUGUAGGACUUAAACAUUGUGGGCCUUGUGUUAAGGUAUACCCUACAGUUAUAAAGUUGUCUAGGCAAAUGGAGACUGUUGUAUUUGCUAGAAUGAUUGGGGAUGAGAAUGAAAGUUGUAUGGAGUUUUUGAAGGAUAUGGAGGUUAUACAAGUCCCAACGUUUUUGUUUUUAAGGGGUGGUAAGAUUUGUGGAAGGUAUGUUGGAUCUGGUAAAGGGGAACUUAUUGGAGAGAUUUUGAGAUAUCAAGGAGUUAGGGUUACUUAUUAGUUAGUAGUACUAGAUCUUUGUUUAAAUAUAUGAUUAAUUCAAAACUUGUUUCUUGGGGAGUCGAUCUUUUCGUGUAAGGUUUUGAGUUUGAUUAUCGUUGUCGGCUUCUCCUCAGUUUAUUGUGUAUUUAAAAAAAAUUAUUUUCUUUAUGCUUAAUUUUUGUCGAUUUUAUUAAAAUUAUCGUGUUUUAGGUUUUUAUGUAAGAAUUUAGAAAUAGAAGGGAAAGUUCAUAGUUGAGAUUAUAUGUAUUAUCCUAGUAUUACAAUUAUCUUUAAUUUGAUACAUGAUUGUAAUGGACUUUUACUUAAUGAUUGGACUCUAUGAAUUUGAUGAAUAAAAUGUUGUAAUACUGCUGAUUCUAUUUUA